AUGGAUCAAAUUUCGUCAAAGCAUUCAAAGAAUAAGGAACCUGAAGAAAUAUUUAAUUCAGAUGAUGAUACCAGCGAUAUAGAGGACGAAAGUAAUGAGGAAGAAAUAACUUUUGCUAAUUUGGAUAUAAAUAGUACAGUAAACAUCCCGAAACAUUAUCAUUGUGGAAGUCAUACAAUAAGUUUAAUAACAACAACUGAUUUCAAUAAUGCUCUUAAAUCGGAUCGUGGGACGUAUGUUAUACAUUCACAGGCUUUUUUAAAGUGCAAUGCUCUUUGGAAGAAAGGAAAUAGACCAAAAUCGUCCGAAAUCAUUGUAGACAUAAUUGGUUCAACACUUAAAACUCCUUGUGUUACACGAUGGAAUUCAUUGUAUGAUUCCACAUUGCAGUUGUUAAACAAUGAAUCAAAUCUAACCACUCUCUGAAGAAUUGCAAA